UACGCCUCCACUUCUACAUACAGGCUUUUCUGUACGGACCUUAAUGGCGGGAGAAAGUUCCUGUAUACAAGAUAACAAUGCGGAUGAAUUUCUGCAGGAGGCUUUCAAGAUAAUAAUUGAGGAAGGAGUGCAGAAUGCCACUGAUAGGGAUCAUAAGGUAUGUGAAUGGAUGGAACCAGAGGAAUUACGGAAAGUUUUGGAUUUAAAUCUGAGGAGUGAUGGAGAAUCCAAGGAAGUGUUGCUAGGAUACUGCAGAGACAUCAUUAAAUUAAGCGUUAAAACAGGACACCCCCGCUUCUUCAACCAAUUAUUUUCAGGGUUAGAUCGCCAUGCCUUGACUGGAAGAAUCAUAACUGAGACUUUGAACACAAGCCAAUACACCUAUGAAGUUGCUCCAGUGUUUGUCCUGAUGGAAGAUGAAGUUCUUAGAACAAUGAGAAGCUUCCUGGGAUGGAAUACGGGAGAUGGCAUUUUUUGCCCAGGAGGCUCCAUAUCUAAUAUGUAUGCCAUAAACGUGGCUCGAUUUCAGCGUUUUCCACACUGCAAAGAAAAAGGCCUGCAUGCCCUUCCCAGACUGGCAUUGUUUACCUCACAAGAGAGUCAUUAUUCCAUCCAGAAAGGGGCAGCAUUCCUUGGGAUUGGAACUGAUAAUGUUAUCCUUGUGAAGACAGACAGCAGAGGAAAAAUGGAGCCAGAAGACCUUGAGCACAAAAUACAAGAGGCAAAAUCAAUGGCCUCUGUCCCUUUCCUUGUUAGUACAACUUGUGGGACGACUGUUUUAGGGGCUUUUGAUCCCCUCCCAGACAUUGCGAAAGUGUGUCAGCAACAUGGUCUCUGGCUACACGUUGAUGCUGCCUGGGGUGGCAGUGCUCUUUUAUCCAACCGCCAUAGGCAGCUCCUGAACGGAAUUGAAAAAGCAAAUUCUGUGACCUGGAAUCCCCAUAAAUUACUAGGUGUUGGUUUGCAGUGUUCUGCUUUUCUCCUCCAAGACACAACAGGGUUGUUGGAGAGAUGCCAUGCAGCUAAUGCCACCUAUUUAUUCCAAACUGAUAAGUUCUACAGCCUUCAAUACGACACUGGAGAUAAGUCAAUCCAGUGUGGCCGCAGAGUGGACUGCCUAAAGCUCUGGCUUAUGUGGAAAGCACUUGGGACCAAGGGACUGGAGAAACGGGUGGAUAGGAUCUUGGGAAAUGCCAGACACUUAGCAGAAGAAAUUAAACGGAGGGAGGGAUUCAUUCUACUUAUGGCGCCAGAGUUUGUAAAUGUUUGUUUUUGGUAUGUGCCACCAAGCCUACGUAAUCAAGAAGAGUCCCCAGACUUCUGGAAUAAACUUGGAAAGGUAUCCCCAAUAGUAAAGGAGAGGAUGGUGAAGAAAGGGUCAAUGAUGGUUGGAUACCAGCCCCAUGGAAACAGGGUUAACUUCUUCAGGCAGAUUAUGGUUAAUCCUGAAGUGACAAAAGAAGAUCUAGACUUUUUCCUGGAUGAAAUAGAACGACUGGCAGAAGACCUGUGAAUUUCCCGUUAUAUGUGAUGUGAACCUGGCAGAGACUCCUUUCCUGGAUAAGGAUAUACGGAGGCAUAUACAUCAUUUCUUAUA